UUCCACUCCCUUCCUCAGGCCACGCCCCUGCGCCUGGGAGCCUGACACCUGCAUACGAGGGGGAUUGUUGCGUCUGGUACCCGGACUCGGGAAGGUCUUUGCCCGGCGAGCUCCCCAGUUCCCGCUGGUCUCCCGGAAGAUGAUGGCGUCUUGCGCGCUGUUCCACGCAGAUCCCGGCCUCCCCGAGAGGCGCUCUUCACUGUCCUGCUUUGUAAUCCUUUUGGUGGCCCCAGGGCUACUGCUACCCAUGUCCUCCGAUGCCUGUGACCCUCCGCAGUACAACUCUAUGAGGCCAACUGUUGUUAAAUCCAGUUAUAAUCCUGGGGAAAAUGUACAAUUUCAGUGUCGCCCAGGAUACAAGCGUAUUAUACCUCUUCUUCCCGUAUCUUCUGUUUGUUACCCUAAUAACACAUGGACACCUCUCCAGGAGGCUUGUACAAAAAGAUCAUGUCAACAUCCAGGAGAUCCCGUAAAUGGCCAUAUGGUCAGCAUAAAUGGAAAUUUUCUCUUUGGAUCACAGGUUCACUAUGCUUGUAAUGAGGGUUAUCGAUUGUUUGGGUCAAAAGUUAUUUAUUGUGAACUUUCUAGUAUCGACGAUAAUACAAUGACUUGGAGUGAUAAUCCCCCUCUAUGUAGUAGGAUAUUGUGUCUACCACCCCCAAAAAUAACAAAUGGGAAAUAUACCAAUAGUGGCAAGGAAGAAUAUGAAUAUAAUGAAGUGGUAACUUACAGUUGUGAUCAAUCAAGUGGACCAGAUGCAUAUUCACUUAUUGGAGAGAGCAGACUUGUUUGUACCGGAAAUGGUGAAUGGAGUGUUAACCCUCCGCAGUGUAAAGUGGUCAGAUGUCCACAUCCUGAACCCGCCAAUGGAAAGCUGACGUCAGGAUUUGGAAAAAAAUAUUCCUACAAAGCAACAGUUGUGUUUACGUGCUCAGAGGGUUAUUACUAUAAUGGAACCAACAUAGCAGUCUGUGGCAGUAACGGUACUUGGGAGCCUGCAGUCCCAAUGUGUUACAAAGCGUCAACUCCUCCCAGUACAAAACCUCCAAUUCCGAGUGUCUCAGAAUCCAAGCCUCCUCUUAUGACUACGACUCCGGGUUCAAGCCAUCCAGAUUCAGAUCAUCCAGGAUCUCCCACUACCACUGCACCACCACCUGAAGACGUUAAUACUUUAGGCAAAGGAAUCAUUGCUCUGAUUGUCAUUGUUGUUCUUGCUGGCAUUGUAUUCCUUUGCUGCAUCCUGGUCAUAUUUUAUCGACACAAGAAGAAAGGGAAAACAGAAGUUAGCGCCUCAUACAGCACUUACCAGGAUAAAUCUGCUUCGCCAGCAGAGUCCACGCAGUAAACGGUUCCCACACAGUGCAUCUUCUGAUUCUCUUAGAAUGGUGACAUCGAUGGUAAAUUCAUACAGCCUCUAUGGAGAACAUACACGCCUUCCUCAAAAAACUAAAAACCAAACCAACGAAUGAUUUAGCAGUUCCACUUGCUGGCAUAUAUCCAAAGGAAACAAACAAACA